AUGCCUACCCCUGCCUACUAUUCUAGAUGCCCACCCUUUCCCUCCGAUAUUCGAGUCGCAAACGUUCCUGUUUUCUCCUUCGCUAAGCUUGCAGUCAACGACCAUUAUGAGUCUCACGCUCUCUUCGAAGCGAGUCGUCACAUAGGCUUCUUUCACCUUGACUUUACCGACUGCCUUUUCGGAGAUGAAUUUCUCAAGUGCACGGAAGAAAUGUUUGACUUGAAUGCAGAAUUACAUGCACUCUCCAAGGAGGAGCUCACAGAAUACGCUUACAAUCCUCCUAUCUCACUAUUUCGCUAUAAACCCUUAGGCUACCACAAAAUUGGCAAAACAGGAGACAGAGUUGAGCUAUACGGGAUUAGUCGUGAUGAUAUAACUGGAGUUUCUGAGCCCCUUAUUAACCCCAUCUGCAUCGAACGUUCUCGUCCACAAUUGAGAAACUACAUCGAACAGGCCAAUGCAGUCGUGUGCAUAAUUCUUGGGCAUUUGGAAAAGCAUUUGAAAUUGCCACUGGGAACAUUUUCAAAGCUGCAACCAAUGACAAAACCAAGUGGAAGUGUUUUGAGGAUGUUGAAGUAUGAGCCACAACCGCCUGAUGAUCGUCGUACUGCCAUGAUGGGACACACUGAUAUCACCGCGCUCACCCUUCUUUUCAGCGCAACCGGAGGACUUCAAAUCCUUAAUGAUGACGCAGACCCUCAUCUUGAGUCGUCCUGGACUCACAUUAAACCGAAGCCAUCCACUUGUAUAGUUAACCUGGGCGAUUCAAUGGUCGAGUGGACUGGUGGGAUUCUUCGCUCCGCUAUGCAUCGUGUUAUCUCUGCUCCAGGUGACCAGGCAUUCACAACCCGAUAUGUAGUUGGUUAUUUUGCCCGUCCUGCCGGUGAUUCUCUCAUGAAACGUCUCGCACCGCCUGAAUACCCCUCUUCUCUCGUACCACCAGUCGAGGACGAAAAAGACUCUGGAAAUGAUAUGAAUGCUAAAGAUUGGGAGUGGCAUAAACUCUCAUCGGUUAAGGCAGGUAAUCUUGGAGGAAGCUUAGGCGGUAAACCGUUUGAGCCGAAGAGAGAUUUGAAAGAGUUGUUCCCAGUAUUUAUCGAUGCUGCUUGA